CAUUUUGUAUAUCUUGUAAAAGAACUCACGCUUAGAAAUGCUGACAGCAAGCUUCAAGACAGCUGGGCCCCAGUAGACACCAAGAAAACCCAUGGCUCUGGCUGCAUCUUUCAACAUGACCAAUCCACAGCCUGCCAUAGAAGGAGGAAUUUCUGAAGUUGAGAUCAUCUCCCAACAAGUAGACGAAGAAACCAAGAGCAUUGCUCCUGUUCAGCUAAUGAACUUUGCCUAUCGUGACCUGCCCCUGGCUGCAGUCGACCUCUCCACGGCGGGCUCGCAGAUCCUGUCAAAUCUGGACGAAGAUUACCAAAGAGAAGGACUCGAGCCACUGUCCCCUCCCCCCGCCAUGCAUCUUCCCAGCCAUGCCAGCCUGGCAGCCAAGAUGGCUCAGUCACUCAGUGGAUUGCCAGGUCGGGAGAGGCCACUCCCCGUGGGCUGGGAGCUUUCAGGGGCUGAUGGCUUUCCCCACUUCACUCUGGAGUCUGGAGGGCGAUUGGAGCAACUUGGAAGCAUGGCAGACCCCAGCAUUCAGGUUGAGCUGCUGCAUUCAGGAGGUGACAUUCCCCCGUACCAGGCCUGGCUCCCUCUUCCAGGCCUUAACCCUAGCCUUACCCCAAACACCCUGGCCAGCAUGGCCAUCUCUACACUCAGGGUUUUCACAGUGAAAAUUUCCAGCGCAUUCCAGUUUGCUGGCAUAAUUCACUGGAUCAGUCUGGUCAUUCUCUCUGUGUUCUUCUCAGAGACUGUUCUGCGGAUUAUAGUACUUGGCAUCUGGGAUUACAUCGAAAACAAAAUAGAGGUGUUUGACGGGGCCGUGAUCAUCCUGUCCUUGGCCCCAAUGGUGGCAUCCACCGUGGCCAAUGGGCCCAGGAGCCCUUGGGAUGCCAUCAGCCUCAUUAUCAUGCUCCGGAUCUGGCGGGUGAAGAGGGUCAUUGAUGCUUACGUCCUGCCUGUGAAGGUGGAGAUGGAGAUGGUCAUCCAGCAAUACGAAAAGGCCAAGGUCAUCCAAGACGAGCAGCUGGAGAGACUGACGCAGAUCUGUCAGGAGCAAGGGUUUGAGAUCCGGCAGCUGAGGGCACACCUGGCGCAGCAGGACCUGGACUUGGCUGCCGAGCGCGAGGCGGCGCUGCAGGCCCCCCACGUGCUCAGCCAGCCGCGCAGCCGCUACAAGGUGGUGGAGACCGGCACGUGGGCGGAGGAGACAGCCUCCGAGAGCGUCGUGGAGGAGCUGCAGCCAGCGCCAGAUGCGGCGGUGAAAGAUGACAUGAACAGCUACAUCAGUCAGUACUACAAUGGGCCCAGCAGUGACAGUGGUGUCCCGGAGCCAGCCAUGUGCAUAGUCACCACAGCUGCCAUUGACGUCCACCAGCCCAACGUCUCCUCUGACCUCUUCUCAGUCGAUGUGCCCCUGAAGCUCAGCAGCAAUGGCACUCAUGCCAGUGCCACCUCCGAGAGCGCCUCCCGCUCUGCUCACAGCUCUGUCACCCGGGCCCACAGCGACAGCAGCCAGACACUGGGCUCCUCCACAGACUGCAGCACCGCCCGUGAGGAACCGUCCUCAGAGCCCAGCCCCUCUCCUUGGCCACUGCCUCCACCACCCCAGCAGCAGAUAGCAGAGGCCACGGUCCAGGACCUGCUGUCCUCCCUGUCAGAGGACCCCUCCCCGUCACAGAGGGCCUUGGACCCAGCCCCUGUCACUUGGCCCAGCCCUGUGGUCUCGGCCCAAACCAGCCCCGAGCUGGAGCACAGGGUAAGUCUUUUCAACCAGAAGAAUCAGGAGGGCUUCACUGUCUUUCAAAUCAAGCCUGUCAUCCACUUCCAGCCUGCCGCACCCAUGCUGGAGGAGAAGUUCAGAUCUUUGGAAUCCAAAGAGCAAAAGUUGCACAGGGUCCCUGAAGCCUAGAGCCUCCAGGUGGGCUGGGUGGGAGGAGGGCCGAGAGCUAUCUGGAUGCUCUCCUAGAGCCCUGGAGGCCACCAGGGGCACCAUGCAGGGCCCAGGGGCCCACCUGGCCUCCCUCAGGGUGCUGCCUGCCCCCAGGGAGGUGUCACCAGGCCAGGAGGCCACAUGCCUCAGACCUCAAAGCCCAGAGCUGGCACCUCCUUGGGCCCUGCUCAGGGGAGGGUGGUGCUCGUGGCUGGGGUCUUUUUAAACCAUUUCUAUAAAAACCAGCCUGUGGCCCAGCUUCAGCAGGGUAGAGGGCAGGGGCAGCCCAGCCUCUUCCGUUGCCUUUGUUCCUGGCGCCCACCCUGGACCCUUGGGAACAGCACUGUGAGCAGGGGCUAUCUAGCCCCACCCCCAAGCCGUCUUUUCCGGGAAUCCUGGGUGGAGCCGACAACAGUCCUACAAAGACCACCAUCUGAGCCUAUCAUUCAUCCUCAUUCUCUCAUUCUGGCAUGAGCAUUUUCUGAGUCUUUUCUGGACAAGUCUAGUUUUCACCUUCAUAGGACAUAAUGGUAUGAAU